CACAGCAACCACCGAAAGCAGAAAAAGUAAAGAAAUACUUCAGAACUCUACGACCAAGGAAAAAUCACAGAGAAAAUGCUCAGACACAUUCUUCAAGCAGGACUCACAUUCUGCCUCGUGUCAGUGGCUUUUGCCACCGAUCACACAGAGAGAAGCACGUAUGGAAUCCCAGACACGUGUACUUGUGGAUUUGAUACCUUACCAGAGGAAAACGCUGCCGAGCUAUCAGUGACAACGAGUGCUACCCCCGACCACCAGGACCUGGGGAUAUCUGCCGACUGUCUCCCUGACAUUGAAGACAAUACUCGAGUGUGCUUUCGCACAAGAGUGAAAGAGUGUACCAACGACAGAGGUGGAGUUGACUAUCACUGUCGGCUCUUUUACAACAACUUUACGAACGAGCCGCUCCCCCAGAGCUGUGAGAGCGCAGUCUUUCUCUCUCCUCCACAGACGCCGACUACAAGACCUUCUGCCUGUUUCGAGUGAAUCUCAGCUCCAGUACUGCUAACUGCACGUCCAUUAGACUGCAGCACAUGAUCGAUUACCCAGAAGAAGAGUACGUCGACAGUCUCAAUGUAUCCCAUCCGUGUCGAGAUGACUCGGGGAGUAAUCAUAGCCCUGCAUGUCAAGAUUACUUACAGAUCUACUACGGGUCCCAGACUAGGGUGUUGUGUCGUCGCGAGUUGGCAGAGUUUGAGCUGAGGCUUGAGAAAGUGACGUCAUUUGUGGCAGUGUACUGGUCUGACUCCACCACCGACCCCAACACUACCAGCUCCUUCAGCCUUCGCGCCGAAUGUGACGUUUAAAAGACUUGACCAUUCAAACCAAAAUGAAAUUUGCAUCUUUUUAUGAAAGUGAAGUAUUAUAAGAUCAUUUGUGUAUUUGUAUUUUUUCAAUAAUAGC